UUAGAUCGGCGGGAAUGACAUAUAUUUAGGUAUACAUUAGCUUAUAGCACUCAGAAAUGAAAAGAAGCGUCCCAAAAUUGCUAAUUGAUGACGACAGCGAAGAUGAAAUAUGGGGGUACAAAAGUCUGAAGCGUGAGAAACGAGAUCCUGUGAUAAAAUCCCAAAAUGACAGGAGAUCACAGGCUCGAUUUUCAGGUCGCGCUGCUUCUGGACGUUUAGGCAAUAACAAAAAGCUACCGACGAAAGCCCAGGAAAAGGAUAUAAUAGAACCACACAAACAGUUAAAGAAACAAAUUAAAAAAGAAGACAACAGAAGUAAAUAUGCCGUUAAAUGUUCUCGGACGAAUGAAAAAACACCCUCAAAAAAGUGUCGUCCAGAGCUGAUUGAAGGAUUUUGCCCUCAUUGCCAAGUUCCAUACUCUGCUCUUAGCUUCAAAUCUCCCACAUGGCAUAUCAAUGAAUGCCUGGUAAGAGAGAUGGCAACUAAAGAAUGUCCCGCUGGAUUGUCGUGUGAUAACACCCUGCCAAGUCACUACUGGAAGUUCUCUCAUUGGCAGCUGGCACAGUUACGAGGAAGUGGUAAGAGGAUAGCCACCUCUGUCUUGGAUCAUCAGAAAGAUGAACAACAUUCUUCUCGUGUGAAAGUAAAUUUGUUUGAUGAGAAUCAGCCUGGACAUUCCAAAAAUUUAAGCAGCGAAAGUAAAAAUAGUGAUGUCACUACAUCAGACCCACAAGAUCCAAUUUAUAAGACAGUAACAACACUGUCAACAGUUCCUGUUCAUAAUCAUCAAAAUAGUCGAAACACAAGCAUUACAAGUGAAAAUUAUAGAGAAACAGAUGACGAAAAAGAUCUGGAUGAAAUGCUGGCGAAUGCAUUUGGUGAAGACUCUGAAGACUCGACAGGCUCAACUUCUUCAGCCCUUUCUAUUAUAAGGAGUGAUCAAACAUCAAAGUCCGACAGUAAUGUAGUCAUAACUAAGGAGACAUUUGGUCUUCAGUUAGAUGAAGGAAUCAGUUUUAGUCCACAGAGUAGUCCUAGAGGAGAGCUAGAGAGUCCAGUAUCGGUGAAGUCUUUUUCUCAAGUAAGUCUAAAUAACUAUGUCAAACUUGAUAGUGACCUUAAAAAGAUUUCCUCUUCUCCAUCUCAAAACCAGCUGCCACUUAAAACACCAACCAAAUCUAGGCCUUCAUCAGCAAGGAAAUGUUCAAACAAGAAAUCUAACAACAGAAGUGUCGAGAAAACAGCUGAUUCUGAGUCCCCGAGAAUGGCAUCUUCAGGUAAAAAGACAAGGAGAAAUACCGGAAAGAAAAAAACUGAAACUGGUGACAUUGCUGAGGAGUCACCUGGUACCAAUCAACCAUCUGUGAGAUCUUUUUUCAAAUCUUUAAAUGCCAAAAAAAUCCUUUUCAAAAAAUCUGGUGAGAACACCAGUUUAUUACAUGACAGUAAUUGUGUACAGGUGACACCAGUAAAUACCAUGAAAAGAUCUGACUCAGACAAAGAGAAACACAAUGGACAAGUCUGUAUAGGCGAAACAGCGGUGAUAGAUGGAAAUUCAGACAAAGACGAUCCCAACUUUGUAUGUGACCAUCACAAAACUGCAAGAACAGAGGUCAGGUGUAAAAAAGACCCUGACCUAAGCAAGGUAAAAGAGGAAAUGCCUAGAUCUGACAAAAUUGUACAGAAGUGUACGGCAAAGGAAAACACAGACAAUGUCGCACAGAAGUGUACGGUCAAAGAAAACAAAUCUCAGACAAUGGCAAAGAACAACAAAAAUGCUUUCAGUGUUUUGAUGGACAAGUCUAAAUCCCAAAGUGCCAGUCAAAGUACAACUUCUCCAAUUGAGAAUCGUCCAGGUAAAGUGGAUGCCAUGGCAUUAGUGAUGAAAGCCAAACAGUGGGGCAGGGACAGAAACACUGUGGUACAAUCAACAUCAACUAAACCUGAGGAUGAUCAAAUCAAUCUGAAAAUUCCCAAACCAGAGAAAAAACAAUGGGGUGGACAGCGACAGUGUCCUUUUUACAAGAAAAUGCCUGGUACAGGAAUUACUGUGGAUGCAUUCAGCUUUGGAACAAUACCAGAUUGUUCUGCUUACUUCCUGUCGCACUUCCACUACGAUCACUACAGGGGCUUGACAAAGAAGUUCAAACAUCCAAUCUACUGUAGUAAGAUAACUGCAAACCUGGUAGAACGAAGACUAAAGAUAGACAGACAAUACUUGCAUGCCCUUCCUAUGGAUUGUCCCACUGUUGUAGAAGGAGUAGAGGUCACACUGCUGGAGGCAAACCAUUGCCCAGGUUCUGUGCUGUUCCUCUUCAAGCUGAAGGGAGGUAGAACGUACCUCCACACAGGAGAUUUCCGUGCAUGUACAGAGAUGGAAAGAUACCCAGCUCUGAAUGGUGUCCAUAUCAACCAGUUAUACCUGGAUACAACUUACUGUGAUCCCUCCCACACCUUCCCUCCACAACAAGAUGUCAUUGACUUCGCUGUGUCCACUGUUCACAAGAAGUUGAAGGAAAAUAUGAAGACCCUUAUCAUCUGUGGCAGCUAUACCAUCGGGAAAGAGAGGAUAUUUACAGCUAUAGCCAAGGCCCUGAACAGUAAGAUAUGUGUGACUCGGGAGAAGAAAAGCGUACUUGAUUGUCUGGAAGAUAGUAAGCUACAGGAGAUAAUUACUCUCAGUCCUAAUGAAGCUAAAGUUCAUGUCCUCCCCAUGGCCAAGCUUAAUCAGAAGGCCCUUACGGAUUACAUGGCUACGAUGAAGAAUUACGCAGAGGUUCUAGCCUUUGAACCAACUGGAUGGACCCACAGCAACAAGAUUACCUCCCUGGAUCAACUCCGACCAAAGUUCAGCAGGAACGGUAUACACAUAUAUGGCGUACCCUACAGUGAACACAGCAGUUACCUGGAGAUGAAGCGUUUUACUCAGCAUCUGAAGCCAGACAAGAUCCUUCCAACAGUCAACAAUGGGAAUUCCAGAGCCAGGACAAAAAUGGAGGAGUUGUUUAAAUCCUGGAUGGAAGAGGUGAAGAUGAGCAAGAAAAAUCAGAAUCUCAGUGGAUCUAAACAGGGUACAUUGAGCUCCUGGACGACAUAAAACUGAGGAAUAUUAUAUAUUAUUGGGCUGUUACGGGUGUCGUCUUCUAAUGACCUUGCUGAUAAAAACAUUUUAAUAUUAAUGUGCACUGUUUUGCACAUUACCCAAUUCUUGGCCAUCAGACUUUAUAUCCAUAAUGUGGAAUGUGAGAAGAAUCUGUGAUGUCUGCAGUAUCAGGUUUGAUAAUUAUGUGUGGGAAGGGUAAUUUUUUAAAGUGUUAGAUCAGUUUUUUUAGUAAAUGAUACUAACUUCUAUUCAAAAGUAUGUGUUAACAAAUUGUAAUCAAUUUUAACAAAACUUUUCAAGGAGAUUGUGAUUUAUAUCUAAUACUGACAAAGUGUUGACCCUUUUUUAUAUGAUAAUCCAAAUCACUUGUGAACACAUGGUGACAAAACAUAGGUCUGAAACUGCAUGUAUGUUUAUAGAUCUGUAUUAUUGUAUUGUUUUUUAGGGGGAAUUUAUGGUGUUUAUUUGAUAUUAUCUCUUUAGCAGUAAAAUAUCAGGUAAAACCAAACAGAUAUUAAAAGAGAAGCAUUUAUAUAUUUUCAUCCACUGUACAUAAUACUUGUUAUUUAUCGUAUUUAUAUUACUGGCAUGUAUUUCAUGGUAAAUAAAAUAAUUGAUUUUGAUA